AUGGCUUCCUUUGUUCCGUCUGUUACUUUCAGUUUUGGUUCGGACGCACGGGUGACUCUCCCUGAGUCCAUGCUUGCCAGUCUGCCCGCUGGAGGGAUCACUUUUGGUUCAUUCACAGACUCGGCCUUCGUCGCUCUUGGCGGGCCAACCCCGGCGGAGUUUGCUACUUUCUCUCCCCCUCAAAAGAGAGGACGUGCAGCUAUGCGCCCUUUCGGACAACCAGCUGCUCAACGGACAGCCCGAGCACCUGCUCUUCCCAUUCCUGUACUUGUGCAGCCUGUGCGCCCUGUGGCUAGGAGACCAGUGCCUAGUCCACUCCCCGUUCCACCAGUUCAUCAUGCGGUCAGCCGUCCAGUGCUUACCGCUCCUGUUAUGCAGGUUGGCCCCUUAGCACCGGCAGCCUGCUGUAGUUGUUCCACCUGUUCAUCUAGCGGUCAGGAGACUGCGUCUGUCGCUCCUAUUGCACAGGUUGCUCCGGCCCCUCAGCACCAGCAGCCUGCUGUUGUUCUUACUUCCGCUGUUCCGGCAGAAGUACCUUGCGUUCGGACCCCGGUACUUCCAGUUAUCCCUAUUCCCCCUGUCAGCCAGAUAGUGGGUUCAGAUGUCCCUUCCACCUCCACCUCUGUCCUUGGGAGAAGGGCCCGGAGGAAUAGGAAUAUGAGUUUACGUUUAGCUGCGUCCAAGGCAGAGAGACAGCAGAUGGCUGAGGCGAUAGCUCACCAGGAGCUUGUACAGAGGAUGGUGGCUCCCAGACAGCGGAGACCAUGA